AUGGACUGUCGACCCUCUCCACUCUGUGCAAGAGGUUGCGGUUUCUUUGGGACUUUGGCAAACAAGAAUAUGUGCUCAAAGUGCUACAUUGAUUAUUUGAAAGAAGUGCUUCUUGCUAAGCAUACUGCAGAGCCGGCCGUGGUGCCUUCAGUGGAGAAAAACCUAGACGUCGCUGUUUCUGCUAGCGAGUCGUCGUCAACCACAACAACUAGCGAUCAGCCAUGUGGUGUGACAAAGAAUUGUGUGGAUUACAAGAGGCCUGGAGGAGAGCUCUUGGCCAAGCAAAACCCAGUUUGCAAGGGUGACAAGUUAAAGCAGAGGGUUUAG